GACAGACAGACAGACAGACGGCACAUGGGGGAGUUAAAGAGGCAGCUAUCAUUACACUCGGCUGGAGCGCCGUGCUCUGAUCAAAUGGAACAUGGGAGGGCAGCUCAGAGUGCAAGCGUGGCUGCAUCCUUGGUUUUAUCUGCCAAAUUCAACCGAGAUUUCAGGAUCUGUCAGGUCACUCGCACAGCAAGACAGUGGGGUGGCUGAAAGACGAGGAGGAGAAGGACUUACUUUCUUUUCCUUAUUGGGAGAUGAAAAUCCACAAGCUGUGGCGAGAGAAAACAGGAAGCACAGAUAGGCACAUCACCAACGACUGAGUAAAAGCUUGCUGUUUUUUUAAAUUAACAUUGAAGCGCCUUUCAACUGUACCGUAAAUCCUACCUAUGAUUUUACAGCACAGCAGUUAACCCCAAUUACACCUCUAAAUUCCUAACAAUGUCCCUACCUUGACUUCUGAACAGCCCAACAGGUUCCUGCACUCACGACUCCCGCAAUACCGUUGUCUAUCUUGAGUGUUUUGACCUUGCUGAGCCGCCAUAGCGGCUGUGCACCAUGAAGGAUGUUGUUGUUUGUGUGGUGUAUGGGGGACCAGUUUUGACAUGGCUGCUGUAUUUUUAGUUAUGUUGUACGAAUACUCCCCGUUGUUUUACAUCACUGUCGUGUCUAUCUGCUUUCUCAUCACCGCCGCGAUGGUUCUCGGCUGGUUUGGUUUUGACGUACCUGUAAUUUUACGAAGUUCGGAGGACACUGAGCCGAGUCUGAAAAUCCCUGAGAAGAGAAUGGUACAGGUGAAAAACCCCUUUGCCUUGGAGAUGGUGAGCGGAGCCUCCUCUGUUACAGGAGGGGUCCGACUGAGACCACGCUGUCUGGAGAGCUGUGUCCUCACUUGCUACUGGGGCUGUGCCGUCCAGGGCCUGCAGGAGGCGCUGCAGAGUCACCAGCAUGGUGUAUGCAUCAGCACGCCCCAUAAGUUCGAGGAGGCCCUGCACUCAGACUAUCAGCAUCACCAGACCUUCCUCAUUGAACAGGGGGACCCCUCAGAGAGACUGAGCCACCUGCCUGCGGAUUCCGGGAUCAGAGAUUUUGGGUUUCUGCCCCGGGUGCGCUACCCCCUGGUGGCGCUGUUGACCUUAGCGGAGCCUGACGUGAGAGAGCUGUAUGAAAUAGUUGCCAACGUGACUGUGAUCCACAUUACUGAUGAUAAAUACAGGCUGACAUCUAGGAUAUUAUACCAGUACCUGUUGACAGCACAAGGCCAUGUGUUAGACCUUAAGCAACUCUUCAUGUCUGCAGAUGACCAGAGCUGGAGGGGGGUCUCAGAGCCCCCAGAGGAAGAGCAGCAGCAGCGAAAGGAAGAGGAGGAGGAGAGGGAGGAGGAGCCCGACUUGCAGGAGUCAGGCAGUGGGGAGUCUGGCUGGGACUGUGUGGUGUGUCAGAACGCCCCUGUGAACCGUGUGCUGCUGCCCUGUCGACACACCUGCUUGUGUGACGGCUGUGUGGAAAGGUUCCGACAGUGCCCCAUGUGCCGUGCCUUUGUGUUAGAGUCCUUCGCCCUCUCUCACCACUUCACAACCGACAGGCAAGAGCUGGAGGGCCUGGCAGGAGAAUGAAGACAACCCCCCCCCCCCUUCCCCCUCACACUCCAGGAAUUAACAAUGGAACAUGGGGGGCAAGCUCCCUUCUUCAAUGAAUUAAAGAGUUAAAUAUAUGAGAAGAGACACCAUGAAGGUUUUUUAUAGGAUGAAAAAAAAAUCUGUCUAGCUUCUAUUUUAAAAAUCGGAAAUGAGCUGGCUCUUCUCAACCUCAGAUAUGAAGGACUUUCAGUGUUGGGAAGGCAAGGGAUACCCUUUCAAAGGUAGAUCUAAUUCUUGAAAUUUCUAGGGACCUCCAGCCCACAAAAAGGAAAUUCUGCACAUUGCGUCCCCUCAUCAGUAGGCUCGAUACAGUAUCACUAAUACUUCUUGGUUAGCUUUGAAGAGCGAUGUAAGACCAAGGCACUGGCUACCUUUCUGCAGCCUGCAUGGUGAUGCAGCAUCUUGCCUGUUGUUUUUUUUAGCCUGCUUGAGGAGUGUUACUUGGUCACACCUGAGCUGAACAAGUCCUAUGUGAGCUGCCAUAGGCUUAUAAGUAGAGGCUGGUUUGGGAGCGUUUCAGACAGAAGCUGCUCUGCCUCCACAUUCAUGUCACCCCGGAAGUGAAGUGUCGGAUCAUAUUUAAAUACGUUAUUACUGGUAUAGUGUUUGAUAUAAAGCAGUUCAUUGCAGUGUUAUCAGAAAAAAGAACUGAAUACAGCAUUUCUGUAAUUCAUACAGUACUUUAUAUUUCAUUUAUUUGUCGUUUUUAUAUCGUAUUCACUUUUCGUGACCAGUAUUUUAAAACAUACUAAAUUGCCCAUUUGGUCUCGUUCUCUUUCAACACAUUAAAGAUCCGCUGGCACUCUCUUGACCAGUUCAGCAAUAUGGAGACAGGGCAUCCCUGCAAAUGAGCUGUUAGAGUUCUUCUCAGUUACCCCCUUGUUCAUGUUCCACAUGCAGAGCAGCUCAGGCCAUAUUGUUUAAAUGAUGGCUCCUCAGGAUCAUAAGAGGGUCCUGCUGAAGCAGUAAAGUUUGUCACUCUGGGAGCCUGUUCAUUUACUUCCUAUGAGUCACUGUCUGCGCUGCUUGAUCCUUGCUUUGUGACUUGAAUGUCAUAUUGAUAAGCAAGUAUGCUUCAACCCGGUCUUUAUACAAUAAUAUAUUUAAACAAUUUCAUUUCAUAGUUUAAAUCCUGUUUGAGUGAUGUUUUAUGUGCACAGGAAAGCAGUGAAGAUUCUAAUAAUUCUAAGAACCCAGACUGAUCAUUGACCCCUGCCUUUUUUUUAUGUGUCUGUUUUAUUAUUAUGAUUGUUUUAUUUGUAUUAUUUUAAUUGUUUGUAAAUUAUUAUGCUUUGUUUUUUUCUAUGUUCAUUUCAAUCAUAGUGUUUAUUUUAUUCUGUACAAUAUAGAAAACCAACUAUCAUGAAGUCAGAGUUUUAUAAAAUAAAUGUGUACAUGUAUAUGUCAGUGGUUCUGGAUGAGAAGUAUUAAGUGCAAAAUGAAUCCGAAAAUCAAACAAUGCAAAGCAGCACAGUCCUGAGAAUUAUGCACAUCCAGGGCAGAGACUGGAUGUUCACACUGUGCUGUAUUUGCAUGUGUGAUCCACUAGAUGGCGAAGGUGAUCAACACAGACUCAGCAGUGUUCUGACAAGCUGUUAAGCAUGUUUCUCAAAAUCAUAUUUUGUGGCCAGAUCCGAUGCAGUGUUUGGCAAGCACUGUCAUACAGUCUUUUUAAAUAUGUUUGCAUUGUGCAGUUGCUGUAUAUAAUCUGUUCAGGGUAUACGGGGUGAGCCACAUAAGGAGAUACUUGAUCCAGUCACUGCUGUGUGUUUGCUGGCACGUGCUGAUCAGUUUACCCAGCUGGGAAAUGACAUUUGUAGUGUCGCAAGCCGUUUUACAUACAUUCAGGUUUUGAGCUUUGCUUUCAGGAAACAAAACAUGUAAUUGCCUACGUUGUAUAGCUUUUGACUCGGUAUCAGAUAACGCAUCUCCCUGUGCAGGUAUUACCUGAUCGAUUUAAUGUAAACAGAUAUCUGGACAGCAACAUCUCACAUGUACAAAUAGUGAGAAAAAAAAAAAAACAUUUGAUAUAUAUUUGAAAAGAAGAUGUGCUCUAGAAAAAAUGUCUGUCGUAUAAGGAUGUUGACUAUAGAAAAAGAGACGUUAAAAAAGGGUCUGUUAAAAAUAAACAAAGCCUUGCUACUUUAUACAUGCAGCAUCAUCUCCCAUUCCAGUGCUGACCACCCUGCUUAGCCAAUCCACACUCGCGGUAGCACCAGUCCACUCUUCCGUUCUCUCACUGCCUCCUGUGCUAGUCGGCACUGAGAGAUGUAAGGGCUCAUUGUGAGCCAGACAAGACAAGCCCUGUGAGACAAUAGCCAGCUAAUUCAUCCCAGCUCUGCUCCACACCAGAACUCGCAGAGAAAAUCACCAAGACACAGACAACAAUAAAGAAAAAACGAAAAUGACUUUUCUUUUAUGUUAUCUGUCAAUUGUAGAACAAUAGUUAUUGUUGCUUCAUUUACUGUAUCUAUAAGUUCCAAAGUAAACCCAUGGGUGACAUGAGCACACGUGGCUUUGGGGUCUGAAGGGUACAGAUCUGAUGUGGCAAGAAAUUUAAAGUGCUGCUGAUUAGCUUGAGUUGUGUUUUUAUUUUCCUGUAUCGGUAUAACUCUUGAAAAGGCGAACGAGUAACAAAUACAGUGAAACGUUUCAAUAGAAUCCCUGCAGUUGUGUCUGAAAUGGGAACACGGAUGCCCUCUACUGGUCGGAAUGUGGUAUUGUAACUCCAGGGAUAUGUGUUUACACAAAAUAAAAAUCGAAAAAAAAACUGGAGUGGAAUGCUGGACAUUAAAACGAACAAUAUAAUCAUCGUUCCCCCAUAUGUGUUUAAUUUAUUGUGUUUAAAUAAGAACUAUUUUAAGUGAAACAAUGAUAAUACUCAACCAACGAUCUAUUUCUCUUUUUUCAAUGUACAGUUUUAUCUCGAAAGCGGGAUUCUGGGUUGGGUACAGACAGUAGUACAGCGCGGAGUGGGGACUCCGUGCCGUUGCUGGUUAAGUUUAGCCGUCUCUCACACACACACACGCUGUUGUUUUUAUUUUGUACACUUUGCUAUGGAAACUCGUUUUUUUUUUUCUUCUUCCUAACUCGCUAAUCCCGGUCAGUCCUCUUCACAGGACAGGCAAUGUGAUCUGUCGCUAACUCCGUUCGCUAUUUUUGUGCUUCCUAGUGCUGCCAAGCCCCUGACGUAAUGCUUCGCGUUAAUUAUUAGCAUGUGGGAAGCAAUGCUGAAGCUCUCUCCUCUGUAAAACAAGAGUACUGAGGGGAGGAAAGUUAGUUAGUCAAGAUGACAAGGCGCACAGACCCGGAGUGGAGGGGCACCGCUCCCCAAAUCCGUGCUCCCUGAAUACUGAUCAGCACCGGCCACGAUGGAGCUUUGCCGCCAG